AUGAAGAUUGCCAUCACCCUCGCGUCUGCUCUUCUCCUCGGCUUAACUAAUGCCGGAACUAUCGGUCGAAACGCUCCGGGCCGAGAUCCCUACGCCCGUUCCGUUAUGAUGACCUUCAUGUACGGCCCCAACAUUGCAGAAUCCCUGCAAGGGCAAUUCAGUAUCAAGGACGUGCAAAUGUUUGCGCACACCUUCAACCCCGCCUGCAAGCACAUCUCCACUGUCGAAUUCGAACCCAAGGGCGGUGGGAAUGGUUGUUCGGCCGAGAUUGACAUUGGCGUGGAGACGGUUGAGGCCACGGCUGAUUGCAUUGGGUGUGAGGGUGGUCGGAUUGGGUACCCAGGUGUGUUCAACGUCUACGCCUACAAGAUGUGCGAGAUUCAUUACUACUAA